AUGGACACACGCGAUCACAAUGAGUACGACAAGAUCAUUCAAAAGAUGAGAGAGUCUGCUGGCACCAUUGCCGACCUCUCGGAAGACGCGCGGCCUGCGGAGAUACAGGCCAUGAACGUGAAGUUGGAACAGCAGAAGAAGGAGGCGCAAGCAAGAGCUGCAGAGAAGGAGGAGAAAGGACCUAGCCGUAGCAAUCCUCCUGAAGACACGGAUGCGGCCAUCAUCAGCCAGGAGCAAGAUCCUUUGGACUUCGAGCAAGAUAGGCCGCAGGACAAGAACGACAAGAAGGCAUCCUCUGCUGACCAGAUGGCAGCAGACUUUGCCGAGUUGACUGAAACCAUGCGGAAGCUUGAGGACUUUGAGCAGACCCAGGAUGAGGAUCGGCCUCAACCAGAAACCCGGGUGGAGAGAGUGGAGGAGGGCGCUGGCUGGUGCUUCUGUGGCUGCGGAAAAUGA